UCCAAAAUUUUUCCGAGAAAAUUAACAACAAUAGUAAAUGAAAUUGGCUCAAUAAUGGAAGAAUAUAACACAGAGAAUACCAAAAAUGGGUUUUAUAAAGAAGAGUUUGUGGAAGAUUCUAACAUCACCAUUGAUGGCGGAGAACGAAUUCAAAAGGCUACUGACGAUAAUGCUUCUGAAGAUAAUGCUUCUGAAGAUAAUAUGGAAAUUGGCAUCUGUACCAGCGAAGUUAUUCAUGAAACUGAACAAUAUGUAUUUAAAAAACGUAAAGAGGAAUAUUUGCCUGAGUUUACGCAACAAAGUUUUUCAAGCCUACAAGAUAUGAAUUUUAGAGUUAAGGCUGGUGAAAAUAAGACUGUUCUUGAACGCUUCAGUGAUCAUUCUCAACUUAAAAGAGAACAAUAUAUACCCAAUAACGAAUUUGAUAAUACUCAUACUAAGAAUGAAGCUGAAGAAUUAAAUAAAGAUUUCAUGGUAUGUAAAGACAAUAUAAUGAGGAAAAAAGUAGAAUUAUGGUUUGAUGAGGAGAAUAUUGCUUGCGAUAAUACAAGUGAAGUUGAAAUGGAAGUCUUUAAAAAGUUUAAUGAGCGUAAUACUUUAGAUGAAGUCGAUGCUGAGACCAAGACAAAUAAUAUUUACUUGAAUAAUAAUAUUGAAAUCGUGAUUGAAGCUGAAACUAUUAACAAUGAUACUUCCAACGAUGAUAGUGACAUCUAUGUGGAAAUUAGUGAGCCGGUUAGUAAUUCCAGUCUACGACACGAAGAAGAUCUUGAAACUGAGUACAAUGAUACUUCCAACGAGGAUAGUGUCAUGGAUGUGGAAAUUUGUGAACAGAUUAGUAAUUCCAGUCUACGAUACGAAGAAGAUCUUGAAACUGAGUCCGACAUAUGUGAAAAUAAUAAUAUCGAUGUUGAUGAGGUUGAGAACAUGACAUUUCAACAAAAUGAAACUAUAUUAAUGGAAAAGGUUACCAAAGAUAAUGCCAUUAAAACUGAGGUUGAUAGUGAAGGCCUAAAUAGGAUCUCUAAAUUGUAUGCAACAAAAGAAAAUGCUGUGCUUGGGGAGAAUACACAUAUUACCGAUGUUAUUGAUAUGAAGAACAAACUGAUUGGAAUAUACAAAACAAUGAAAACUGAUGUAGACCUUCACAUUAAUGAUAAAAAAAAUUUGGAAGCUGACGAUACAACUACUGAAAGCAUUGGGACUGAUAUUUCAAAUACAGAAAGAUCAGACGAUACAGAUAUUAGUGUAGAGACUAUAGAGGACGAUAUUGAAUCCAUUCAACUCCAAGGAGAAGAGUUUGACCAAGAUAAAACGAACAGUGAAGCCAACAAACUGAACACAAAUGAAGAUAAAGAAGAAUUUACUGGGCAAACCGAUUUCAAACUACAUGAAAUUAACCGAGUGUAUUUCAGUACUGCAUUUGACUUAAUAGAACAAGAACGUGCAAUGAAUUCAAAAAUUGAGUCGUUUUUAGAACGUCAAACAGCUAUGAGAUUAAGUCUUCCAAAAAUGGAUAGGAAUUCAGAUGAAAGAAAGUCUAACAUACUAAAACUUCAAAAUGAAACAAAGGAAGUUUUAUUAAUGGAAACUUCUUUUCUCACCAAUGUACUCCAAGCACCUUUAAUUAUGCUGCUUUGUGCUUACUACUAUAAACCAUCAACAGAAAGUGCUGGGACUCAUGAAAAUGGUCAUUAUAUCUUUGCCAAUAUUGCAAGACGUUUGCAAAAGGCUGAUAACGACAAAGAAGAGGAAUGUAAGAAGUUUGCUCGGAUUUCUUCAUUAUUCAAAUCACAGAAAUAUCUUCUAAAGCAUAGCUAUUUAAUCAAAAGACAGUAUGUAGAUUAUGUAACAGCUAUCGCAAUGCGCACGUAUUUACAUGAAAAAGAAUUAACGCGCAGAGCUGUAUUUCAAUGUAUUCUAUUACGUCAUAUUUGGGAAAAAGUAUAUGGUUCGGAUGAUGUAUAUAAAAACUGUGUUAAAGAUUUUUUUAAAUCAGUCAAACAUCAGUAUUUCAUAUUAGAAAAAGUUGAUUUGCUUAUACUUAGCAUUGAGAAAUUUUUCUCUAAUUACGAUUGUUCUACUAAUAUAGGAGAAUCUCGGUUUUUUCUUGACACGUUACUGGCGAUUCAUAAAUGUCAAACAAAAUGAAGUUGAAGUCUUCGAAAAUAAUACAACUGGUUAAAAUUUUAGAGAUUAUCGCUUAUUGGUUGUUAUAGAUAUCGUCAAAUAAACAUUUUUUUGUACAAAAUUUAGUAAAAAUAAAUUUAAUA